UUCGCUCCUGACUCUCACAUUGAAGUACCGUAGCAUCACAUGCAAAAAAAAAUGUUUUAUGCAAAAAUGUAUUAAUAAACAUUUAAGUUUAAAACAAUAGUCUGGUGUUGUAUUAGUGUUAGAGCCUUUCCUAUAUGAAAAUCACCUGUUAAGUUCUUGUGUACUUUCUGUGCUAUUAUAAUCAUCUCUCAGGUUAACAUGUGUUGUAGGUGAUCUGGUGCAUCUGACCGGUGCUGUAAAAGGGUCUAUCAAAUUUAAUGAGACUAACAUCUCGCACGGCCUAGAAUCCCGACAUGUGCGUAGGCUGCCUGAAGACACCAAAGAAAUAAAUCAAAAUUGGAUUCUGGACGCUUGUUACACGUUUCCUGUUCCAUCCCAGAUAACCUUACAUUACAACCUCACUGCAAAGUUGAGGGUUAAGUAUACUGUGGUUGAGGGGCAAAGGGUUCCAAAUGGCACCUACAACAAGGUUCAUCUGGAUUGGUGAUCAGAUCACGCUUGCUUCUUUCUGUUCGGUUUUUCAUACUGUUUCUUAGACAUCGUUAGGCACCAUGACGUCAAAAACGGGUUCUGGCUUUACUCUGAUAUUCCUCUCUAUUUCAAGUCUCCAGCCAAACAGGACAUUUAGGGGCGUGUGACACACGUCUUUUCAUCCUUCGUUCAUCUCUAUACACUUUCUUACACAGUAAGGCUGUAUAUAUACGUCUGUACACCAAAGCCCUCUCACAUUUAUUCCAACACUUGUUGAGAAAGCGUGCUACGGCUGUUCAGGUAUCUUCGCCUCAAGUUACACUAGCUCCGAAAACUCUAGAUUUUUUUUUUUUGAUUCAAUACAUUUUUUUUUGCAGUUUUUUUAAGAAAAUAGAGGGACGAAGUUUACCUACUAAUGUGUCACUAAAAAGAACUUCUUUUUGGAUUCCAUCAGAAUCGUUGAGCGUUGUAUUUAACUUAAAGAUCUGAAGACGGUGAAGCAACCUGCAAGAGAAGGUGGUCACUGGAUUGUCCUCAGAUGCACCAUUAUGAUGGUGUCUCUAACUCUGAAUCCUCGCCCUGCACUUUUCCUCAUUGUCCUGAUGUGUAUGAGCCUGCACACUUCUGCCUUCCCACAGCCCUUCCAAAGAAUAUCAGCUUCAGAUGGCCAGGAUUCGAUACAAGAGCAAUGGAAGGUCCUCUACCCUCCCAUCUCACUCCGUGACUGGAGCAUCCAAAUGUUGUCCAGCCCAGAGUUCGGUGGAGCAGAGCCCAGAACGGAGCAGCUACCCGUGAAUGAGUGGAUCCCUCUUAGCCAGUCACAGAUGGAGGAGAAGUUGAUGAAGGGAUGGCCAGGAGACUGGCAGCAGAGGGUGGGCAACCCAGAGAAGCGAAACAUUGUGGUGGCAGAUGAUGCAGCGUUCAGAGAGAAGAGUAAGCUUCUUACAGCCAUGGAGAGACAGAAAUGGCUGAACUCGUACAUGCAGAAACUUUUGGUGGUUAACUCCAAAUAAAUCCCUUGGGUCUGAAGGAUACAUUACAAUAUAAAUAUUAAAAGAAAGAAUGUUAUUUUGGUCACAAAACAGGAAGUAAUCUCAAUCACUGUACAUUACAUCUCCGUUCUUCAUUGUAAAGAAGCCACUCAGUAUUGUAUAGGCUGAUAAAAAGCAUGUAUGUGGCUGGUUGUUUCUUUUGUGUAAUUAAUUUUAAAUUAAGAAUGUAACUGCAAAAAUAAUUGCUAAUUUGUUUGGUUUAACUUCUACUGAAGUGUAAGAUCUUUGAACCACAAAAAAUGGUAUACAUAGACCAUGUAUGAUAUACAUAUGCGUG